UUGUAUAUGACUUUCUUCUUUCAGACGAAUACAAUCGGAGGUAUAUUUAAAAAUAUCCUAGCUCUUCCAAGUUUUAUAAUGCCAGUGAAUGGGGGGCCCGAUUUUGAAGCCAAAAAAAGUGCAUCCAUCCAUCGUAAAAGUUCUCCACACGGCUCCAGGGGGUUAAUAAAGGCCUUCUGAAGUGAAACGAUUGUUUUUUAUAAGAAAAAUAUCCAUAUUUAAAACUUUACAACCUAAAAUAACUAGCUUCCAGCAGACAACCAAACACAUACUGCGCAAGUUGACUUGCGCCACAAGAGUAACCUGUGACACGAUGUAUGACAUAGGAUGUAGGAGUAACGUAAGCUUAGACACCUCUCGCGAUUUAAACAAAUAGGGCUGUGCAACAAACUCAAGCUCCUCUUCUCUUAUAUCGAAAUCCUCUGACAUUUCUCUUUAAAAUUUCUCGUUUUAGACUUCCAUUUCAUGACCGGCGUUUUGUUUUGCUCUAUCCUCUGAGCUUCCGCAUUCAUCAUUAUGUCAUGCGUCAGGUCAGAGGUUACUGUUCUGCCGCAAAUCGAUGUGUACAGUCAUCUGCCAGAAGCUAGUUAUUAUAGUUAAUAUUUUAAAUAUGGAUUUUUUUUUUUACAAAAACCAAUCGCUUCGCUUCAAAAGGCCUUUAUUAACAGCCCCCGGAGCCGUGUGGAGUACUUUUAAGAUGGAUGGAUGCACUUUUUUUGGCUUCAAAAAUCGGGCCUCUUAUUGACUACCAUUAUAAAGCUAGGAAGAGACAGGAUAUUCUUAAAUAUAUCUCCGAUUGUGUUCAUCUGAAAGAAGAUAUACACCUAGUAAUCUACUCACCUUCAGAGAAGGAACCUGACUCCAUUAGCCUGUCUACCUGCUCUGGAGAAGGACUUAGGUUUGGAGUCUGUUAACAGGUAAUGGUUUAAGAUCAUGGCUGAACAAAGGCAACGGGCCCUGUCCACAUCAGGAGAGGCUCUGUACCAGAUUCUUGGCCUUGACAAGAACUGCACCCAUGAUGACAUCAAGAGAUCCUACAGGAAGCUCGCUUUGAAAUAUCAUCCUGACAAGAACCCCGAGAACCCUGAUGCCACUGACAAAUUUAAAGAGCUCAACAAUGCCCAUGCGGUGCUGUCUGACGUCACUAAGAGGAACAUUUAUGACAAGUACGGCUCCCUGGGUCUCUAUGUGUCGCAGCAGUUUGGGGAGGAGAAUGUGAACACGUACUUCAUGCUCUCCAGCUGGUGGGCUAAGGGUCUGUUUGCCAUCUGCGGCUUGCUGACAGGUUGCUAUUUCUGUUGUUGUCUGUGCUGCUGUUUCAACUGCUGUUGUGGAAAGUGCAAACCGCACACACCUGGAGAAGAGGACCCUGAGUGCUAUGUGUCUCCUGAAGACCUGGAGGAGCAGAUCCGUACGGACAACGAGAGAGAUGGCGACACUCCAAUUGUGCUGCAGCCAACCAAUGCUAGUGAGAAGACCCAGCUGAUCGGUGAUGGACACAGAACAUACACCUAAAUGCAAAUGAGUCAUGAUAGAUACUAAUUUUAAAAAUCUUUUUGAAUAUAUUGAUGUCUUUUACAAUAUACUGCUUAUUUUAGGACUGAGAAAGCAAAAAAUACUCAACUUCUUAAGCUUUGUUUAGUCAUGCUGUCUGUAAAUAACAGAUAUUAUAUUAUUCUUAUGCUUACAUGUGCAAUUAAAACAGAGAAUGUGAUAAAAAAUGAUGAAUGAUUCUCCUUUAAAUAAUAAACGUAUAUAUUACAGGUUUUCAAAAUAAGAAUUCAGAUAUUUCUGUACAUUUAACAGCAGUUUCAGUAUUUUGUUUGCUCUGUCAUAUGUACUUGAAUAUAGAUGGGGUCUUUCUUGUUUUUAGAAAAUCUUCAUGCAAUAUAAUGUGCACAGAGUCCUUUGGCCUGUUUUCAGACCUACACGGUUACUUCCUGGUUUUCAUUAAGCCAGCUUGGUCAUUUCCGGUAAACUGUUAGCUGUCAUAGAUUCUUCAACACAAAACCAUCAAUGGUUGACUUUUUAAUGUUGUGUUUAUAUUUUAAUGCUGUUAUCACACUUGCCUAAUUUUCCAAUAAACCAGUUUAACUGAUUGCAAUAAAGACGAAGCUAUUGGGAACGUUUG